ACUUCAGGAAGCUAACGGACGCAUUCUAAACGGACAAACAUCAAAUAGAGGAGGCUUAAGAAGGUUGCUAUCUCCAACAAGCAACGCUAGGAACCACAAAUUUCCUGGAGCUGGCGACAAACUCUUCCAUUUUCCCAGCUUCCAAGCCAGUUCCCCUCUUGCCCUAUACGGACCGGCCAAGGCCUAGUAGAGAAAGAACACUCUGACCCAACAGGCGUCUCCUAGGCGUGUGAAGCACGUAGCGGACGCCCAGGCGAAGGCAGGGGGGCCGUGGCCUCUCCCCUGUCAAUCACGCAGCCUUGGAGACACCGCCUCCUCCUGGUGCCGCCUUCAAGAGAGAAAGCGCGUUUCGAAACACCGCCGUGCUCCCUUUCGCCUUCCGUAGUUUGUCCCAAGAUGGCAGCUGCCGCUGACGUGCCGGUCCGCGUCUGCAACCAGGAGAUUGUCAAAUUCGACCUGGAGAUUAAAGCGGCGGUGCAGGAUAUCCGAGAUUGCAUGGGACCUAUAAGUACACUUACGGAACUCAAUUCCAAAGUGAAGGAAAAAUUUCACCAUUUACGACUUCGAAUCCAGGAGCUUGAACAGAUGGCUAAGGAACAAGAUAAAGAGUCAGAAAAGCAAGUUUUACUCCAAGAAGUAGAGAACCAUAAGAAGCAAAUGCUCAGCAAUCAGGCGGCUUGGAGGAAGGCAAACCUAGCUUGCAAAAUUGCUAUUGACAAUGCUGAGAAAGAUGAACUGCUGCGAGGGGGAGAUCCCUUACGACAAAGGAAAACUACUAAGGAAAGCUUGGCAGAGGGAGCGAGUAACAUUACAGAAAGCCUGAUGGGAAUUAGCAGAAUGAUGUCUCAGCAGGUCCGGCAAAGUGAAGAAACUAUGCAAACCUUGGUCAAUUCUUCACGGACCAUUGUGGAUGCUAAUGAAGAAUUCAAAUCCAUGUCUGGGACGAUACAGUUAGGACGAAAGCUCAUCACGAAGUACAACCGUAGGGAGCUGACUGAUAAACUGCUCAUCUUCCUUGCCCUUGCCUUAUUUUUGGCCACUGUGCUUUACAUCCUGAAGAAGAGACUGUUUCCUUUUUUGUAAAAUUACCCAAUGAAGAGAAGGAGCACCACUGUGAGGAAAGAGAAAUGGAGACCAAAAGAGUGUAGCUGUCGGUGAAGUGAGCUACUGCUAAAUAAUCUAAGUGAACUGUAAGAACAGACAAGGAAUGAUGGAAUUGACAGAGAAAAAUACCACCCUUUCCUUUAAAAAAUAGCAGGUUUUGAACUUGACAUUGUGAGACAUAUUCAACUGUCUCCCAUCUGUGACAUGACGCUUCUUUUAUCAGAUGAAUUCAGCAGAUGUCAUGAGAGGAGCAGGUAGAUGCAAUGGAAAACAUUUCGAUACAUUCCUUUAAUAAAGUGUAUUUGAUAUUG